UCCGUCCGUUGCAGCAGCAGCAGCACUCGAUGAAGCUCGCAGCUGAGGUCGUGUCAUCAGGCAGUUGUCUUUUUUUUGGGGGCCCUGUCGCUACUGCUGCUGGUGGUGGUAUUGCCGAUCCUGCUCCUGCCUUGCUCAGUUCGUUCACUUGGUAGCAGCUGCCUGCAGCCCUCUCUAGUUUUCGCGCCUCCUCUGGUCCCAUCGGGUUUUGUGCCGUUGAACGUCAGGGGCUGCAAGAGUGUGUCGGAGAGAGCCAAGCACCAUUUUGUGAAGCGCCGGGUUGAGUACCCCGGGUGUAUGUGCAGAGCAUCUCUGCCAGAGCUUCGUUCCCCUUAGAUUACCUUCGUGGAUUUUGGAAAAAAAAGCCAUGGUUUGAUUUUGGUUUCUCUAACCGUUGCUCUUGAGUUAACCCCUCCUAGUGGUAGUUGAUCUGCUCUAAGUGCAGCGUGGGAGGAUUUGGGUUUUUACCGUUGGUUGGUUUAGAGGUUUAAGACGAUUUUGAGAUGAGAGGGUUGGAUUCCGCUGCCGUGUAUGUAGAGUAGAUUUUUGCAGUCUCUGGGAGUGGCUGAUUGUAUUUUGUUUUUCUGUUUAUUUUUUUAUUUCUUAGUGGCUAUAAGCGAGGGCGGCACUCGUGAAUUUAGCUGUAAUUUGUCCGUGUGGUUUAGGGUAGUGCUGUCCUGUGCAUCUGAGCGAGUUGCAGUUGGUGUUGCUGUUCUACUACUAGUUUCAACUUAUUCCUCUUGCCUCCAUCAUAGAUACCUCGCUCGCAUUGUGAGUUUAUGUACUCAACAACAUCUACGAGUGUGGAGAAAGGACUUAGCCUUUCUUGUCUAGUUCAAUGCUUGGAAAUUGCAAUUUUCUCAGUAGUGUAGAAUUUGGGCAAGUUGGUAUCGUCGUAUACCAGCUCUGCUGUUUGUGUUGCUCAUGCAUGUGCUUCAAAAUUGACAUCGCUACUGCCAGUGCUCAUGGAGAAGAACUGAAGUACUUAAGGGUGGACCAGCUACCCGCUUAAGAAGCUACGCUGAAUAAGGAACAUGUUUUUGUUAGACAAUUUUACGUGUUAAAGCUACUUAACUUAAUGUAGUAAGCCAGAAUGUUGUCUUUCAAGCAGCAGAAGAGAUGGGACAGGCACGCGGGUUUGUGGAUCGCUUUCUUCUUGCUGCACAACCACAUGGUUGCAUCACAAGAUCCAGACACUCUACCGGCUACAGAUGGGAUACCGGCAUCUCCUCAGGAGGUCUUGGCCUUGCUCAGGAUCAAGCGCACUUUGGUUGACCCUCGCUAUGCCUUGGCGAGCUGGAACGAGAGUGGAAUGGGAGCAUGCGAUGGCACUUGGGCAGGCAUCAAAUGUGCGCAAGGGCGCAUCAUUUCCAUCGCGCUUCCAGCGAAGCGGCUGGGUGGUUCCCUCGCACCUGAAGUUGGAAACCUUGUAGGUCUUCGGAAGCUCAAUGUCCAUGACAAUGUCAUCACUGGCACCAUACCGGCCUCAUUGGCCACUAUCACGACGUUGCGGGGUGUUGCCUUAUUCAAUAACAGAUUAACAGGUCCCUUGCCCACAGGAUUUGGGAAAUUGCCACUUCUACAAGCUUUUGAUGUUGCCAACAAUGACCUCUCCGGUGCUGUUCCUGCGGAAAUAGCGAGCUCGCCUAGUCUCAACAUCCUCAAUCUUAGUGGGAACAAUUUUACUGGCACUGUACCUUCCGAUUAUGGAGCAUUUCGAGGCCAGUAUCUGGAUAUAGGGUCUAACAGUCUCACUGGGCCUUUACCUAGUGUAUGGACGUCGGCAAGGUUAUUGGAAUUGCACGUAAACAACAAUCAGCUUACCGGAUCUCUCCCAGAGCAGUUAGGAAACGUGCUUACCUUAAAGGCUUUGAGUGUUGCAACUAAUGGCUUGUCUGGUAGCAUACCUGCGUCUUACGCGAGACUUACUGCCCUAGAAUCUCUCGACUUGCGGUCGAACAACUUGAGUGGUCAAUUUCCUCCUGGCUUCGGGGGUUUGCCGCUCACUUCUUUGAAUGUUACUUACAAUAAUCUUAGUGGCCCUAUUCCUGCAUUUACUACGGCUUUCAACAUCACCUCCUUCAGUCCGGGGAACGAAGGGCUGUGUGGAUUUCCAGGCAUCCUAGCGUGUCCUGUCGCGGGUCCUGCAACAGGGCCCACCACUGCAGAAGAAACUGCCUCUCAUAGAAAAACACUAAGCAUCCAGAGCAUUGUCUUUAUAGCAUUGGGUGGCACAUUAGCUACCAUUCUGUUAGUGGUGGCUAUUAUCUUGCUGUGCUGCUGUUGUAGACGUGGUCGGGCAGCGGACGGGGGCAGGGAUAAGCCGGAGAGGUCUCCUGAAUGGGAGGGUGAAGUGGGGGGCAAGCUGGUCCACUUCGAGGGACCGAUUCAAUUCACCGCAGAUGAUCUUUUGUGUGCCACAGCGGAAGUUUUGGGCAAGAGCACAUACGGAACUGUGUACAAGGCCACAUUAGAGAAUGGCAGCCAUAUUGCGGUGAAGCGGUUGCGGGAGGGCAUCGUGAAGUCCCAGAAAGAUUUUACCAAAGAGGUUGAUGUCCUUGGCAAGAUCAGGCAUCCUAAUUUACUUGCUUUGAGGGCAUAUUACUGGGGUCCAAAGGACGAGAAGCUCCUGGUCUAUGACUACAUGCCCGGUGGAAGCCUAGCUGCCUUUCUUCACGCUAGGGGACCAGAAACAGCCUUAGAUUGGGCUACAAGAAUUAGAGUCUCUCAAGGAGCCGCUCGGGGACUUGUCCACCUGCACCAGAACGAGAACAUUGUCCAUGGAAAUCUCACUGCUUCUAAUAUCCUUCUUGAUACGAGGGGCUCCUUAAUUACUGCCAGCAUAUCAGAUUUUGGCCUUUCACGGCUGAUGACUCCUGCGGCGAACGCCAAUGUGGUGGCCACUGCCGGGUCACUUGGCUACCGUGCCCCUGAGCUGACCAAACUCAAGAAAGCGACAACAAAGUCUGAUGUUUAUAGUUUUGGAAUUGUCCUGCUGGAGCUUCUUACUGGGAAGGCACCUCAAGACGUGAGCACUACUGACGGAGCCAUUGAUUUACCUGACUAUGUGGCGGGUAUAGUGAAGGAGAAUUGGACCGCAGAGGUUUUUGAUCUAGAGUUGAUGAAAGGUGCUGCAGCACCUACUGAGGAGGAGCUAAUGACGGCACUGCAAUUAGCCAUGCGAUGUGUGUCUCCUGCUCCAUCAGAACGGCCUGAUAUGGACGAAAUCAUUCGAUCUCUUGCGGAGCUUCGCCCGGAUGAGCGAUUCCAGUCCCCUCGAACACACUCCGAGGGGACUUCCGCCUGAUUCACCAAUUUGUUUGCCUUGUACCAUUUUGAACGAUUUGACUCCCUCCAACUUCUUUUACACACUGACAUUGUGAUUGAUGCUCUGGCCAUGGUCUUUGGAAGGAUCAAGAUCUACAACAUUUAUUUUGUAGGCUCGGACUAACACAAACUGGUUUGACAUCUUGUCACCUCAGCAUCUCUAGAAGCCAAUCUAAUCUGAAGUCCAGCUGGAAUCAGACAAUGCAUCUGGUUUGCAGCGUCUGGGUCCAAAUUUUGGUCCAAUGACCGGAUUAGAUACAGUAGUACUGAGUACAUGGGUUUAGGCGUCUUUUGUUCUGGACAUGCUGAAGCAAUGUAUAUAGAAAGAAGGGGAUAAUUGACCAUAUCAUUUGAUGAUCUUUGAUAGCUCACUUUUGAAAGCAAAGCUUGUAUAAUUACAUCUGAUUUCACAGUCUCAUAACACUACAUUCUUUC